AUGUCAAAAUGUUUCAGCUUUACAGCAUCCCGGGAUUGGUUCUACCGCUACUCAUUCGCCAAGGCCGGUCUUCGUGCCCAGUCCGCUAAUCUGGGAGAUGGCACCAUUAUGCAUUGUUGGGUACCAAGAAUCAUCAAAUCAUCGAAACCCAGUCUUCUGCUUCUCCAUGGCUUCGGAGCCAAUGCAAUGUGGCAAUAUGUUCAGCAUCUCCAUAUCUUCACAUCGCGUUUCAAUGUCUAUGUUCCGGAUCUUCUUUUCUUCGGUGAGUCCUACACAUCCAGGCAUGAAAGAACCGAGUCUUUCCAGGCUCAAUGCGUUAUGAGGCUAAUGGAGGCACAUGGGGUGCAUAGAAUGAAUCUUGUUGGGAUCAGUUAUGGAGGAUUUGUGGGGUAUAGCAUGGCUGCACAGUUUCAAGAGAAAAUAGAAAAAGUUGUGUUGUGUUGUGCUGGGGUUUGCUUGGAAGAAAAGGAUAUGGACAAUGGUUUGUUUGCUGUUCCAAAUUUGGAUGAAGCAGCCAGCAUUUUGUUGCCACAGACAGCAGAGAAAUUGAGGGAGUUGAUGCGGUUUUCGUUUGUCAAACCUGCCAUGGGCAUACCGUCUUUCUUUCUCACAGAUUUUAUUGAUGCAAAUUAUGUUAAGGAGAAGAGGGAAUUGAUUCAAGCCAUACUUCAUGGUCGAAACCUUUCUGUUCUACCAAAGAUCACUCAGCAGCCAACAUUAAUAAUAUGGGGAGAGAAAGAUCAAAUCUUCCCUGUGGAAUUGGGGCACAGAUUGAAAAGGCAUGUGGGAGAAAGUUCUCAGUUAGUGAUCAUUAAGAAUGCAGGGCAUGCCGUUAAUUUAGAGAAGGCCAAGGAAUUUGCUAAGCACUUAAAAUCAUUCCUCAUUGAUUCAGCUGCAUUUCCAUCUCCAUCUCCAGGAUCCUUGACAGAUUUCAUCCAUGACAAGAAUCAAGGAUGA